CGCUUUUUUGCGCACCGUUCCAUUGCUUCCCCAAUCCACGCUUGCCGCAUGGGAGGCAAAGCGGACGACACUACCCCAUCGCCGGCACCGCCGGAGCCGGUGCUGGUCGACGAGGAGCGUCGGACAUCGCUGCUGCGGCGGAUCACGGAGGAGGGUGGCUUCGCGUUCGUGAGUUCGGCGGAGAAAGCGGCCGCAGGGGACCUCCGUGCAGCGGAUGCGGCACGGGAGAUGGCCUGGGAGCAGCUCCACUCCGGGCCAUGGAACGAGGUCGUACCCGCCUGGCGUGACGCCUACGCUAUGGCCUGCCUCCACGUCGCCGCCCUCCGCGACGGUGCUGGCGACCGCAGCGAGGCCAUCCGCGCCCUCGAUAUGGGCAUCAUCAUGGGCGGCCCCCUCCUCCGCCCCGACCUCGACGCCGCCUUGCAGCGGAUCAUGGCUCAGCCUUUGCCUGAGGUAUCGGAACGCCGAGACUCGCCGGUGAGACUGGUAUGCGAAGAGGAUUCCAAGGGCUUGGACUUGACCGAGGUGCUUCGCAUUCUACCGAACAAGUCCUUAUCAUGUAAGAUAGUUGAGAAGCGUUCUUCUCUUUCAUUGGAAAGAUUUGUAAGUGACUACUUUUUGAAGGGUUGCCCAAUAAUUAUCAGUGGCUAUAUCGAUGGUUGGCCUGCGAGAACAAAGUGGAAAGAUAUUGAAUAUUUGAAAAGGAUUGCUGGAGAUCGGACAGUACCUGUUGAGGUUGGAAAGAACUAUCUUUGUUCUGAGUGGAAGCAAGAACUAAUUACCUUCUCUCAAUUUCUUGAAAGGAUUGUUUCUGCUGAUUGCCCUUCUAAGCUGACUUAUCUGGCACAACAUCCAUUGUUUGAUCAGAUAAAAGAGUUACGAAAUGACAUUAUGAUUCCUGAUUAUUGCUUUGCUGGUGGUGGUGAACUGCAAUCUCUUAAUGCUUGGUUUGGUCCACCUGGAACCGUGACACCACUACACCAUGAUCCGCACCAUAAUCUUUUUGCUCAGGUAGUUGGCCAGAAGUACAUAAGGCUCUAUCCAUCUUCCGUUUCUGAAGAAUUGCACCCAUAUGUUGAGUCUAUGUUAAGCAAUUCCAGCCAGGUAGACCUGGACAACAUCGAUGCGAAACAGUUUCCAAAAGUUGAGGAUAUAGACUUCAUUGAUUGCAUUCUCGAGGAAGGCGAACUGCUUUACAUUCCGCCAAAAUGGUGGCACUAUGUUAGGUCUCUUACCACUAGUUUCUCGGUUAGUUUUUGGUGGAGUGCCUCAGUCCCCCCUCACAGUGUCUCUUGACACUAGUCUUACCCAUAGAACUCUACACAAUUUAUCGUUGGGUGUAUGAACAACAGAAAAAUCAAUACAAACCCUAAUUGUUUCUCAUUUAUUUAGUCAGUAUACCACAAUUUGAGAUCAGACACUGAAGAUAUGUGAGGCGAGCACUGUAUAUUAGUUCUUCUCAUCGGAUUUAUGGAUCACCCUAUCUUUUCAUGAUCUCAAUUAAGUCUGGAAGCUAAAUGAUAUAUUUCUGUUUUUCUGCAGAAAUAUAUGUGCAAUGGUGUUGCGUUUA